UUAUGAUAAUGAGCUGCUCAUCAAGAUCACAACAAGAAGCACAUAAGUUGCUAGAGUUAUUGUUAGAGAUAACAGCAAUGAACAAACUUUUAUGCCUACAAUUUCCAGAACAUUAAGAGAGACAUUAUUUACCCAGGGGAGCACAAGAAAAUUGGAUGAUGAUGAUUUUAAGUUAUAUAAGGAUUCAUCAGGAUGUACUAGUUUAAGAUGCGAAAAGGAUCUGAUAUCUGUUCACCAAAAUUGAUAAUGUUGUUGACUUUGAGACCUUUAAUAAAUUAAAAGAAUUUAGCUCCAAAGUUCAGAAUUUGGAGGAGGAAAUUAAUUCUAAAUUAAUAAAAUUAAAACAUAACAUCACCACGCAGUACCAUUACUUUACUACCACCACUAGCAGCAACAGCACAAGCAGUACCACCACCACUGACACCACUACUACCACCACUAGCAGCAACAGUACAAGCAGUACUAGUACCCCUAUCACCACCAAUAAUAAAUCAAAAAGAAUUCACACAGACAUUGAUAAAUUAACAAAAAAUAUUGUUGAUCUUGUUGAAAAUAUCAUGUCACCUACAUUUCUGCAAUCAUUACUCAUAAUUCCAAAAGAUCAUCUUCAAUUAUAUAAAUUACAUAAAGUAGUCCUAUAUGAAUAUAAAUUUGGAUUUGUUGAUUAUCAGGAGCAGUAUCACCCAGAAGCAUCGUCAUCAUCAUCAUCAUCACAGCAAAACAAAGCUAAUCUAAUUAUUUACUAAAGAAUAUUAUGAUGCAAAAUUUAUUAUUUAAGAAUACAAUAAAGGUCGUAUAACCACAUGAUUUUAUUGUAUGAGUGUUAACAAUGUCGGUAAUCGUUAGAAAGUCACGUAGUUGCGUUAACAAUGGAUCUCAAGGUGGUCGGUCCCUCAAAUCCCAUAGACGUGGAGGUAAUAUUAAACAAAAAAAUUUUUUAAUUGGAUGAAGUCGUGCUUUAUUAUGCACGUGACUUAUUGCGACAAA